CGAUGUCCGACUUCCACAUCCACCCUCAGAACGCAGUGGUGGAGGAAGGUGGCGUAGCCAGGUUCCAGUGCCAGAUCCAUGGCUUGCCUGAACCGGUCAUCCUCUGGCAAAAGAACCGCAUGCCGGUCAACACGGACAACGAAAGGUACACGCUGCUUCCCAAGGGAGUCCUGCAGAUUACGGGACUGAGGGCAGAAGACAGUGGGAUUUUUCACUGCGUGGCUACCAAUAUUGCCAACGUGAAGUUCAGCCGGGAGGCCAGGCUCACCGUGUCAGGCUCCCACUCCACCGUGUACAAGGACCCCACGAUUCUGGUCGGCCCGGAGAACCUGACCCUGACCGUGCACCAGACCGCGGUGCUGGAGUGCAUCGCGACCGGCAACCCCCGGCCCAUCGUCUCCUGGAGCCGCCUAGACGGCCGCCCCAUUGGCGUGGAGGGCAUCCAGGUGCUGGGGACAGGAAAUCUCAUGAUCUCGGACCUCACCGUGCAGCAUUCCGGCAUCUACGUGUGCGCCGCGAACAAACCCGGCACGCGGGUGCGCAGGACGGCGCAGGGCAGGCUGGUGGUGCAAGCUCCUGCAGAGUUUGUGCAGCAUCCCCAGUCCAUUUCCAGGCCCGUGGGGACCACUGCCAUCUUCACGUGCAUUGCCCAAGGGGAACCCCCCCCACAGAUCACUUGGCUGAGGAACGGGCAGAUCCUGGAGACCAGCGACCACAUCAAGCUGAAGAAUAACAACAGCACCCUCUCCAUCUACGGAAUCAACCAGGCGGACGAAGCCAUCUACCAGUGCAUCGCCGAAAACAGCGCCGGCUCCACGCAGGCCAGCGCCCGCCUGACGGUGCUGUGGUCGGACGGGCUGCCCGGGCCCCCGCAGAGCGUGAAGGCAGAGACCGUUUCGGCAACCACCAUCCAGGUGUCUUGGAAAGAGCCUCUGCAGAACACCAAGGAGAUCAUCGGCUACGUGCUGCACAUCCGGAAAGCUGCAGAUCCCGUAGAGAUGGAGUAUCAGGAGGCUGUUAGCAAGAGCACCUUCCAGCAGCUGGUGACCGAUUUGGAGCCCUCGACCAGCUACAGCUUUUAUAUAAAGGCUUACACCUCGCGGGGGGCCAGCAAAGCCUCGGAAGUGACGGUGGUGAGCACGCUGGGAGAAGGGUGAAGACCGUUCCUUUAGUCACCUUCGGCUAAAGACGCCUUCAAGAAGAAAGUCGAAAUGGCCUGGGGAAAAUCUCAAACAGCACAGAAGAGGAAAUGCAGUAUCCCAGCCCUUAGCGUGAGGGAGAUGCCUCACUCAGAGCACAUCCAUAUUUUGUCUUAUAUAUAUAAUUCUGUGAAGCACAUAUACCCUGGUGUGCGU